AUGAUUGAUCUUGAUCAAAUCAAAUUAGAAUAAAUUAAUGAUUAUAAAGCAAUCUAAUUGAUUACCUUUGUGUCAUAAAAUAAUAAAUUUGAAUUAAAUAGUGAAGCAGCUUAAUUUUUGAGUUAAUUAAGAGGAAAUAUAGCAUUUGUUGUUGUAUGUGGUAAAUACAGAACAGGAAAGAGUUUUCUCUUGAACAAACUUAUUGAUGUAUAGAAUGAAGGAGUAAUCACAUUUUAUGCUAAUAGAUCUAGUUUUCAGUUAGUCCAGCAACAAAUUCUUGUACUCAAGGAAUCUGGUUAUAUACAAAACCUUUAAUUAAUAAACAAAGCAAUCUUUAAAUAUAUUUUUUAGAUACAGAAGGUAGUGAAUCAGGAGUAAAAUCAUAAACUCAUGAUGCUAAAAUAUUUGCAUUAGCUAUUUUAAUGAGUAGUACUUUUAUGUUCAAUUCAAUUGGAUGUAUUGAUGAGUAAUCUAUUAUUUAACUUCAUUUAACUACAUUAUUAUCUAAGAAUAUAUAAGUUUAAGAUCAUGAUAAUAGCAAUAAUGAAAAUAUAUUAGGUUAUUAUACACCUAAAUUUAUAUGGUUAUUAAGAGAUUUUGUACUUGAAAUGAAAGAUGGUUAAAAUAGAAAGAUUACACCUAAAGAAUAUUUAGAAUUAGCCUUGCAUGAUGAUCGUUAAUAUUAAAGUGAGAAUUCAAAAAAAGUUAGAAAAACAUUGUUAACAUGUUUUAAAGAUAGGAAUUGUUUUUAAUUGGUUAGACCUGUGAUUAAUGAAAAUGAAUUAUAAAAAGUAAAUUAAUUACCAAAUAAUCAAUUAAGAGAGGAAUUUUAAUAAUAAGUAAUUUAACUUAGGGAAUAUUUAUUGAAAAAUACAUCCCCUAAAUAAUUGAAUGGAGUCAAUUUAAAUGGAAGAAUGUUUUGUAAAAUGAUUGAAACUUUCAUAACUAAUUUUAAUAAGGGAAAGGUUCCAAUCAUAUCGACAGCUUGGGAACAUGUUGUAGAAACUGAAUGUCAAUAGGGUUUAGUUUAAGCAAAAUAAUUAUAUGAAACUAAUUUAAAGAAAUAUUUUGGUUCUGAUGAGGCUAAAUCUUUUGAAGAGAUAUUUUAAAUCUUAAAAAAGAUUAGAGAUGAAUCAUUUUAAACAUUUCAUUAUAUAGCAGGUAUAAGGGAGAAGAAUAAUCAUUUUGAAGAAUAUAAGAAAAAGUUAUUAGAUUUUAUGACUGAAAAAGAAAAUUUAGCAAUAAGAUUGAAUGAUGAUAUGAAUAAUACGUAUUUGAUAUAGAUUAUGUCAUUAGAAAAAAUGAAGAAGUUAUUGCUGAAGUAUCUUAAAAAUUAAAGGAGAAUUUGAAUCAAGAAACAUUUACAAUUGAUAAUUUAGAAGUUUUCUUUUAACAUUUCAAUGAGUAAUUAUAUAAAUUGAUAUAUUUUAGAUUUUUAACUGCUUAUGAUAAAAAAUCUGCUGGUACUGAAAAGGCUAAUACUUUAAUACAUUUUUUAUAGAAUCAUCAUCCAAUAAUUGUUAAGUAAUUAGUUAAUUCUGUUGUGUAAAUAUAAUUUUAUAAAAUAUUAGACAAAAGUAUAGUAAAAAUAAAAAUUAAGCAGAAGAAGAGAAAGCAGUAUAAUAAGUCAAGGAAAAAUAAUUGUUGGAUAAUAUAAAAAUAUUAGAAUAAAAUAUUGCAUAACAUGAAACAAAAAUAAAGAAAUUAGAUUAAGACAAAGUAUAAUUGGAAGCAUAAAAAAAAUAAUUAUCAGAUUAACUUAGUAAAUUAUAAACUGAAAACAAAACAAUUAGGUAUUUCAAUAUAUCAAAUUUAUAUAUAUAGAGAUAAUAUUAAAGAUGUAGAUGAGUUAUAAAAUAUGAUUGCCCAAAAAAAUGAAGAAAUAUAAGGUCUUAAAAAAAUCAUUACUGUAUGAUGUUUCUAUUUAGUAUUAGUCAUUGUAAACAAAAAAGAAAAAAGGUUGUUGUGGAUGA